AUGGUUAUUUUAACUUCGACUGUUCAGGUCCAGGGUACAGACAGUGAAGACUCUCAGGACUCAUCAGACAGCGGAGCCACAACCCAAAAGACCAGAGAAAUACUAGCAAGAAGACCAUCGUACAGGAAAAUCCUGAAUGAGCUUUCCUCUGAGGAGGCUGCUCACAUCGACGCCAAGGACGGCAGUCCUGCAUCCACAGGAGGGACGGGGGUCACAGUACCAACCACUCAGAUCUACCAGACCAACAGCGGCCAAUACAUUACCAUAGCUCCUAAUGGAGCCAUCCAGCUGGCAGCUCCAGGUUCUGAAGGGCUUCAGGGACUGCAGGCCGUCACCAUGACCAACUCUGGAGGGGCACAGCAGGGCACCACCAUCCUCCAGUACGCUCAGACGCCCGACGGCCAGCAAAUACUAGUGCCUAGCAAUCAAGUUGUUGUACAAGGUGCAGGAGGAGAGGUCCAAACAUAUCAGAUCCGCACAGCGCCCCCUUCUGCCUCCCUCCCUCAGACUGUUGUCAUGACGUCUCCUGUUGGACUUUCCCAAACUAAAACGGACGAUCCGACACUCAAAAGAGAAAUCCGGCUUGCAAAGAACAGAGAGGCGGCUCGAGAGUGUCGGCGGAAGAAAAAGGAAUACGUGAAAUGCCUGGAGAACCGCGUGGCCGUGCUGGAGAACCAAAACAAGACUUUGAUCGAAGAACUGAAAACCUUAAAGGAUCUUUACUGCGUUAAAACCGGAUAG